AUGGGAGGUCCAUGGGAAGGACUCAUACAUGCCAUGCACAGCACUGGCCCACACCCACAAAAAUACCAAUCUCCGGAACCUACACCAAGCAAGAAGAAGAAGUCGAAAGCCACUUCGGUAAAGGCUGAAACAUCGGCUCAGGAUUCCGAUGAGGAUCCAUUUGUAGUCAAGUCUCCUGCUAAAAAAAUGCGCAAAACUCCCAAAGGAAAACGCUCCAAGUCCUCUAGCAAGGUCUCAUCCAAGAAGACGGACAUAUCUGACAGCUCUUCUCGUGGGAGCUCUGAUGAAAUGGAUGUUGAACUUGAUUCAUCUCCCUUGUCCAAAAAGAGCGUACCCUAUGGGAAAGAAUUUGACAAGUCAAUUGCAAAAGCAAAGAAGAUGCAAGUCGACAACAAGAAGGCAAUGCGUAAACUUGGAAAGGAAAUUGCAGAUGAUGAAGCAGAGAUUGAGAAGUACGAAGAAAGUGGCAAGGAGGGGUCUGACGGUGAUGACGAUGAUCUCCCUUCUGAAGGAAAAAAGAAGCAUAUCAAGCAAGUCUAA